GAGUAGCUCCAAUUCUAUCGCCAAGCAGACCUCCAAGACGAUUCCUGCCACUGUUGAAAUACCCACUCCGAAUUGGUUCAUGCAUUGACGGUAAGUCGAACAGUUGGCAAGAUACCAAAGUGCUAUGGCGACUCUCAUCUCCACAGAGAUUGGAUUGCGAAGUCUGGUGCGCUGACGGGAAAGACGGUGCCCUAUGGAAUGAACCAAUUCAUUGAAAGUCUCCCUGGUCAUACGAAAAUUUUCAAUCCACAGCUGGUCAUCCCAUAUGGCAGUGACGAAAUUGUCCCACCAGUCCCUGCUACGGGGAUAAAUCCAGUAGCGACGGGGGACUCUGAUUCCGGCUACAGCGAGAAAACGUGCUCUGUUCAUUGCUGUUCUCCUUGUUCUCCAUAAAGGCGGAGGUAUGCACCUCAGUGCAAGUGAUUUCCUAAGCAUUCUCCUUCUUCUAACCACUCGCAUCCAGUAACUGUUGCAGGCAUCGAUCGAUCGCUGAAUAUAGAUAAAGAUGAUGUGAAGCAAGGCCAGUGCCAAUGCUCGGACCGCAGACAUAAUUCAGCAGAAUAAAAUCGGGCUCAAAAAAUCCUCCGCAAUUCCAAAGUAUGCCGUGAGACAAAUGUGUUCACAAGAGUGGAGAACGCACAGUUCCAAGGAAAACUCCCGCCCAAGUUGGCCAGCCUAUCAUCGUGGCCACAUUUUUGGCGGGAGAAAAAUCAUGACUUCCUAGAGGGGAGGAAGGACAUUUGCUAGGGAUAGUUGUGCUUGUGUCUUUUAGGGCAAAGAGCAUAGAGUAGACUUGCAGGAGCAGAUUGACCAGUUCUUCCACUCAAAUGUCGCGAUGACUACACAUGUGAUGGAGCAAAAUUAAGAGGGGCGGAUUACAGUGGAUUGAUGUGUUGACCCCCUCCCCAGUCCAGUUUUCCUGACUCUGAAACACCUAAAAAAAAAAAAAAAGCGGUAUGUAUGUUUUGUGAAGUAGCGCUUUGUUUUAUUAAAAAAAAAGUACUCGGUCCCGUUUUUUUCAAGCACAAGGAAUGCAGUCAGUCUAAAGCGUUGUGUGAUUCUUUGCCCUGUCAAUUCGCACACGCACCACUGUCUUGUUCGGUUCCCACAAUUUCUUUCCCCUUUACUAGUCACGUGAUGGAAAAGAAAUCGAGUUUCACGUUCAUCCAUCCACGAAAGAGUAAAAAACGGUGCGGUAGGGUAGGAAAUCUUGUCCUAGAUUUUUUUUUAAAAUGGUUUAUCUGUGUUCACCACGAAUUAAACAAAAAUACACUUCAAUGUCACAGUCACAAGUCCACACGCUUCUGAGAAAUUAUCAUAAGCCUCCACUUGAUCUGUCCACCAAAAUAAAUUUUUACUUGAGAACAUUCCAUGUUUUUGGCGGGCACUAAGACGAUUGGCUAAAAUCGUUGAGGGGGCGGGCGGAUGAAAUGGGAGACCAAUCACUCUUGAGAGAACUUUUUGGAAUUUGUGUGUGGCGCAGUUCACUUGGUGCAAAAUGAUUUCCCGGCGUCAUGGAAAUGUCUGGGAAGUGGAGGAGGUAUCUCUUCUUCUGAGGGUUGUUCGGAGGAGUGGGCAUGCAUCUCGGUUAAUGGCCAGCACGCAAUCAAGCAACCGCGGCAUCUAUCGAUUUCUUUCAAGAGUGCUACGCAGUCGCGGAUUUCAUCGAACGGCCAACCAGUGUCGAAGCAAAUUCCAAAAACUGAAGUCCGAUUUCAUUUCAUCAAUGGAGGCACUGCAAUGCAUUCCUAGAAGCAGUCGUAGAAUUAGGGUGCACAACGCGAUGAUGCUAAUCUGGAAGGCGGCAGGGAGGCCUCGAUGUCAAGAAAGACCUCAUGAUGAGAUUAUCUGUGAAAGAGCAGUCAAGAUUGAAGAAACUUCAUCUGAGGAUGAUGAGAAUUCAGAAACUGUUGCAGUGGAAUCAUCAAGUGCAGCAGAAUCUGAUGCGCAAGCCUAUGCACCUCUUGGAGUGACAACUGAAGACCCAGCAAAGAUCAAUACAGCAGCAGUUCCUCAAGCUUCAGAGAGAGAAAGAACAGAUGACAGUGGAUCUCAUUGCCUAGAAACUGAAGAAACCGUAAUCGUUAUAUCUUCCGGCAGUAGUCACGAAGAAGCAACUGAUGACAUGACUGCUCCUGAAACCAUAAUGCCCGGAGAUGUAUCUCCACAACCGAGUACCUCAGCUUCUUUAGCAACACACAGUGGUGCCGCAGUGAGAAAGUAUGCCAUGAGCGCUGAGCACAAACUUCACAUAAUUGAGGAAACAACUUCUUCUGAUGCUGAGGAUGAGGACAGAAACGCCGUUGAGGAAGGCAGAACCGAGGAUGCAGAGGGAACUCCAGUUCUCUCAUUUUCCACAGGUGAUACUUCAGCGGGAGGUUUGCGUGACAUGAUGCCAAAUAAAGACCAAUCCGCUGAUAUUGGCGAGAUCUAUCGUAGUAUGCUGGGAAUACAAUCUCUAUGUCUAUCAAGAAUGGGAAGAUACCAUGAAAGAAUAUGCCGAUUGGAGAGAAACAAUAGAAGCCUUCACAAAGAACUGAGUUCUCUAAAGAAAAAGGUUUCUGCACUUGAGCGAGGUCAUCGUAGCUCAGGAUCAGAGCUAUCAGGAGAUGACAAGAAGAAUUAGCCAGUGUUAUGUCAGCUUGAAGAAUGUUUAAGCAAUAUUUUAGUUUGUUUCAGAAAGAAAAAAAAUGUAUGUUUAAAAAUAACGUAAUGGAAGGAAAGAUUACAAUUGACAACUCUCACAUGUCAAUUAUUUCCAGUGCUUUAUGAAUCAUGUUGAAGUUGUUUGCAAUGUGGAUAAUAAUUUCUCAUGAACAGCAAAAGCAAGAUCUUAUUUUCAUUUUUUUCUAAUCACUGUGUGGUUCUAAUGUCAUGCAAAAUUGGAAUUUUGAAUCAGUGACAAGAUUUUUGUUCCUUGGUGUUGGGAAGUCUGUGUUAUUUGUUUCUGAUAAAUAAAUCUGUUUUCAAUGUUAAAAAAUAA